CACUUUUUUUUCCCCCUUUCUUUCUCCAAAAACAUGAUAGACACUGGUUUGCCCUGAUGUUCAUUUAUUCACUCGCAUGCCUUUUGUUAUUACUUUUAUACUCUCCCAACGAAACGACUGCGCAAACCUCGGUCACCAUUCAACUUAAAGAUGGUGAACUUCAAAAGUCAUCUGUAGCAGCCGGUGAUACACGCCAUUACUACUUUUCAUCGGUCAACGGGCAAGCCCUCUUUCCCCGCGAUAUCGACGAUGACAGUCCACUCUUACUGAAACGUGAUAUUCCCAAUAUAUUCCUUACUGUUACCACGUGCUCCCAGCCGACGGCGCCUUCCGGUCACCGCGAAGCCAUACCCUCCCUUGAUCUUUUUCUAUCCACUUCAGCCGAUGAUACCCUUCCCGGACGUGGCACCGGUAAACUGAUCGAAGGUAUUCGACCAGGUUAUACUGCAUGGACAAGUCAGUCCACCGUAAACGAUGUAUGGAUCGGCGUAUCUGCACCAUCCAUAGGGAGCGUUUGGUCCGGUAACUGGACUUUUGAGAUUGCCGUUUCUACGCAACACUGGAUGCAUCCUCUCUUUUUAAGCAAUGAUCCUGAUCAGGCGGAUGUACCAUCCAUUACAUUGGAAGACACGGAUCAAACACAUGCGCUGUUUCUUACCAAUCCCUACACAAGUCAGACUCCCAAUGUUUCUAUACUUGUGGCCUCCCACGUCCCACCCGAAUUGUCUUACUCAUUAUGUGCUGUACGGUCUUACCAGUUGCCGCAAUACAGCACCAAUAUCACCACCACUCACCGAGGUCCAUCAGGCGCUCCACGACAACAGAUCAUGGUUUCGAAUUUGACGGAAAAUGAAUCUUAUACCGCUUAUCUAUUGCACACAACGAAUCAAUUGACUGGUUUGACGCCGCCCGUCAAUGUUCAAAUGAAAUCAGAUCCCAAUUGUCGGCUGGUUUAUGACCUGGAAUUUUGCGACCAGGUGGCUUACAGUGUGCCAGUGAACCCUCAAGCGCAAAAUAUCGAUAUAUGGAAUGUCACACUGAGCUACGAUAAUCAGGCACGCGCUUUGUUCAAACCCUUUGAUACCGCUUUAUCGCAAUUCAACUGUGAUACCACUCAAUAUUCUCUGGUUCGAAACUGCACGGAUUGUUACAGAGACUACAAGCGAUGGAUUUGUUCAGUGACGAUUCCUCGAUGUACCUCUUCCAAUCCGUCGGGAUACAGUCAGAUCAACAGUGAUACAAAACCAGCUCCAGCUGUCAGACCGAUCGGAGCCAACCAGUCACGGAAUCCGUGGAUCGAUGAAGCCAUGUCCCCCGGCGCUUGGACCGAGUUGCUGCCAUGUAUUGAUCUUUGCUACUAUGUAGUGCAAAGCUGUCCGCCUUUUCUCAAGUUCUAUUGUCCGGAAGGGGAUUUGGUGGCACUUCAAUACGGCUAUUGGCAAACGGGGCUCGUUGACCAAAACGGAACCAUGACAAACUAUGGUCUGGAUCGACCUACGUGUAACCGUUUAGGUGCGAAUGCUACGCAGCUGGUGAUUAGCCAAGCGAACACCAUAGGAAAUCACAUAUCGUUCAAAGGGUUACUGACUGUAGGGACCCUUCUGUGGAUUGUUCUCGCCUAAGAGAUGACGUAUUUGGCUGGGAUUUAAUUCGGCUUGGCGAUCCGGGCGGCGUCUUAUAUUUUCUUGUCAAUUUUUCUUCACCCUGUCUUUUUCUGGCUUGUUCUUGAAUUGAUA